AUGCCUUAUGAGGAGUGCGGUGUGUCUUCUACAACCGACCACAAAUACAUUAAAGACACUAAAUCACCUCAUUCAAAAGAAGACACCGAAACACUUAAAACUAAUAAUACAUUACCGGCAUCACUAAAUAUAAUUACUUCACCGUCUUUGAAAGACAUAUUUACAGAAGGUUUUAAUUCAACGAAUGAAAUCUUGACACGUACAGAAGCUACAAUGGUAAAAAUUUAUCCAAAUUUAUCCACCGUAAUUAUUUCGAAUCUGCUUACAACCAGUAUAUCAGAAAAAAUGUCAGAAAAAUCUAAUUUCACCACAAGUAUUAUUCCCAUGAAUAAAACAGUUACACUUCCGUCGACUUUGGUCACUUCUGAAUUGAAGGUUAAUGAAUCAUGGACAUCCAAAAGUAACGACGAGGCUUCAAUUAACAUUUCCCAUUCCCAUUUUGUAAGUCCUGUGAUUCCUAUACGUAGAAACUGCACCCGAAAGAAAAAUAACACUUAUAGUUGGUCACUACCAUCUACCGCUGCUUAUAAUAAUAUGUCAUAUUCUAGCCACGCUACUCAAGAAAAAGUGAAUAAAACGAAUUCAAAGUCAUUUUUGUCAACAAUUACAUCAAAUGUUGACUCCGUAUUUACGCCCAGUGUAUUAAAAUUAAGUACGAGUAAAAUAAAUUUACCUCAUACUAAGGACACUUUUAACACAGUAACUGAAAUUUCUCUUGAAACUAACGCAUCUAUUUUUAAUUUAAGCAAGGUUAAUAAUACAAGUAAACCCUCAUUCAUAAAUUUGCAAACAAUAAAAAAUACUCAAACAAAUACAGAAGCCCCGAGUAUACCAAACACAGCGGAAAAAAAUACAAUUACAUUUAACACAACGACAAAUGCAAAACUUGCGUCGUUCAAAGCUACGACAAAAAUGGAAACAGAGUAUAAUAUAACUAAAAGCUUAAAAACCGUAAAAACCUCACCUCAAACACCUUGUGCUACUAAUACUUAUCCUAAAAACUGCAAUAGGCCUUUUACUUGGGAAACUACUCUUAAAGGCGAAAGAAGAGAUAUGUUUCAGAUAUUGAGGGCAAACUUCGGUGACAAAAUUAAAACAUUAAAUGGCUACAACUCAUUGGCCUAA